UCUGUCAAUUGUCAAAAAUCCCGCUGGUCGCGAUGCCGUAGCGUCGCAUUUCGGUUCAUAAAAUAAAUUUGUUAAAGAUUUGUGUAUUUUUUGUGAGAAUAGUAAAGCAUUUUCUUGGUAAAUAUAUAAAGUAAUUGGGAAAAAUGUUGGUACUCUUUGAAACUCCGGCGGGAUACGCUAUAUUUAAGCUACUGGAUGAGUCGAAGUUGUCUCAAAUUGAGGAUGUAUACACAGAGUUUGAUACUCCCGAGGGGGCGGCGGCUGUUGUGAAGCUAAAGAAUUUCAUUAAGUUUGAAGAUACAACUGAAGCCUUAGCAGCUACAACUGCCGCAAUUGAGGGUAAAAUCUCGAAAACAUUGAAGAAGGCCCUCAAAAAACAUGUCUGCAAAGAUGUUCAGGAUCAACUUCUUGUUGGUGAUGCAAAACUCGGCAAUGCUAUUAAAGAAAAGUUUAACUUACAGUGCGUAUCAAACAGCAAUGUGCAAGAGUUGCUUAGGUGUAUUAGAUCACAAAUGGACAGUCUCUUAACCGGUUUGCCAAAGAAGGAGAUGACGGCAAUGGCACUUGGUCUAGCUCACUCCCUCUCCAGAUACAAGUUGAAAUUCUCACCAGAUAAGAUUGACACAAUGAUUGUACAAGCACAGUGCCUACUGGACGAUUUGGACAAGGAAUUAAACAACUACGUCAUGAGAUGCCGAGAGUGGUAUGGCUGGCAUUUCCCAGAGUUGGGGAAGAUUAUCACUGACAACACAUUAUUUGUUAAAAUAGUGAAACUAAUGGGAACUAGGGACAAUGCAGCUAAAACCGACUUGUCAGACAUCCUCCCUGAAGAUCUGGAAGAGAAAGUGAAGGAAGCGGCUGAAAUCUCCAUGGGUACAGAGAUCUCUGAUGACGAUAUUAUGAAUAUCCAGAACUUGUGUGAUGAAAUUAUAUCAAUUACGGACUAUAGGACACACUUAACGGAUUACCUAAAGGCUAGGAUGAUGGCCAUGGCACCGAAUUUAACAGUUCUAAUUGGGGAACACAUUGGAGCUAGGUUAAUUGCGCAUGCGGGCUCUUUAAUGAAUCUGGCGAAACACCCAGCCUCCACUUUACAGAUCUUUGGUGCAGAGAAGGCUUUGUUUAGAGCUCUGAAAACAAAGAAAGACACGCCUAAGUACGGUUUAAUUUACCACGCGCAGCUUGUCGGUCAGUGUAGUACGAAAAAUAAGGGUAAAAUGUCGAGAAUGUUGGCAGCUAAAGCGGCGCUGGCUACUCGCGUGGACGCGUUCGGUGACGAUGUCUCAUUCGAGCUCGGAGCGGAACAUAAGGUCAAGUUGGAGAAUAGGUUGCGGCUGCUAGAAGAAGGCAAUUUGAAGAGGAUCAGUGGAACGGCCAAGGCUAAGGUCAAGUUCGAGAAAUAUCACAGUAAAACUGAGAUCCACCAGUACCCCACGGCGGGAGACAGCACCAUCGGCAAGAAGCCGGUGAAGCGAGAGCACUCGCCUGAUGAUGAAGAAGGCACCAGCAAGAAGAUCAAACUAGAAGACGGCGCUGAAGAAGACACACCGAAAAAGAAGAAAGUGAAAGCGGAACCAGCAGACGAAGUAGACGGCCACGUCAACGGUUCUGAACCGACCUCAGAGAAGAAGAAAAAGAAGAAGAAGAAUAAGCAGUCACUGGAGCCAGAAGCAGAAGUUAAAGAUGAACCCAUGCAAGAAGAGACAGCAGAGACACCGAAAAGUGAGAAAAAAAAGAAGAAAAAAAAGAAGUCGGUGUCGGAGGAGUAAUUGAAACAAUGUAGUGUUGAAUGAGACUAUGUUUUGAGUUUUGAUAUUAUCCAAUGUGGAUUAAAAGCGCGUUUUUAUUUUUAUUACCUCAGUGAUUUCAUGAAUUAAUAAAUGUUUACCCGUAAAUAAAUUAGCUAUGCAGAUGCAGUGAUAAACGGUGCCCACCAAUACUAUUAAAUAUAAUUAGUGUUGUUUACUAUCAGCAAUUUUUGUUCCUAUAUUUUUUUUUUGAUUCAUUGUGCUCGAUGUAAGUUGAAUUUUGAGAGAUUUUCAAGUGUAGGGGAGUGAAUUGAUUACAAAAUGUGGGAACGGUCAGGUGUGCUCCAAGCUUCAUGCAUAGAAACUUAUAUUUUUGUAUCUUAUCAUUUUUAAAUAGACUAAUCUUUGCCAUGCUUAAUUACACGAGCUAAUGAGCUAAAAAUAGCGUUAAAUAGUCGAAUAUCAGUCAAAUUAACUACUUUCUAAGUCGGUCGUAACGUUAGCGUAUUUCUAAAGAAAAUAUAAAAUUCCCCAAACGUUAAUGCUUCAUUUGAAGUAAAUUAUUGUAAAAAACGUUAUAUUCCCGUUUCAGAGUCGAGGAAAAUGUUUUAGCUUUAAGUGUAUAAAAUUCUCAUUGCGAGAUGUUUAUAUAAUAAAUAGUUU